CGGAGUGGCUUCACAAGAUGGCGGCGCGCUGAGAGCGUAGCAUCUGCGUUUCUAGGCGCUCGGCUGUGUGCGUGGGUUAGGACCCGGGGCUUGUGCAGGCCCCAGCCACACAAGCCGUCAGGCUGCUACCUUGGCCUACGAGAUGGCUUUAAGCAAAUCAAUGCAUGCAAGAAAUAGAUACAAGGACAAGCCACCUGACUUCGCAUAUCUGGCAUCCAAAUAUCCAGAUUUUAAGCAGCAUAUUCAGAUAAACCUGAAUGGGAGAGUAAGUCUUAAUUUCAAAGACCCUGAAGCAGUCAGAGCUCUGACUUGUACUCUCCUAAGAGAAGACUUUGGACUUUCUAUUGAUAUUCCUUUAGAGAGACUAAUUCCCACAGUUCCCUUGAGACUCAACUAUAUUCACUGGGUAGAAGAUCUGAUUGGGCACCAGGAUUCUGAUAAAAGUACUCUUCGAAGAGGAAUCGACAUAGGUACUGGGGCAUCCUGCAUCUAUCCCUUACUUGGAGCAACCUUAAAUGGCUGGUAUUUCCUGGCAACAGAAGUGGAUGAUAUGUGCUUCAAUUACGCAAAGAAAAAUGUGGAACAGAAUAACCUAUCUGAUCUCAUUAAAGUGGUAAAAGUGCCACAGAAGACACUCCUAAUGGAUGCUCUUAAAGAAGAGUCUGAGAUAAUCUAUGACUUCUGCAUGUGCAACCCUCCCUUUUUUGCUAACCAAUUGGAAGCCCAGGGUGUGAACUCUCGGAAUUCUCGAAGACCUCCACCUAGUUCCGUAAAUACUGGGGGCAUCACAGAAAUCAUGGCUGAAGGAGGUGAACUAGAAUUUGUUAAAAGGAUAAUCCAUGACAGUUUACAACUUAAAAAAAGAUUAAGGUGGUACAGCUGUAUGCUGGGGAAGAAGUGCAGCCUGGCUCCACUGAAGGAAGAGCUCAGAAUCCAAGGGGUUCCUAAAGUCACCUUCACGGAGUUCUGUCAAGGCAGGACAAUGCGAUGGGCCUUAGCUUGGAGUUUUUAUGAUGACGUCACAGUACCGUCACCUCCAAGUAAACGAAGAAGAUUAGAAAAGCCGAGGAAACCCAUUACGUUUGUAGUGCUGGAGUCUGUGAUGGAAGAAUUAUCCCUCAAAGCCUUGUCACUGGGCUCUGAGACAGUGGAAGGCAUAACAGUUGUGACAACAUGGAUAGAAAAAAUCCUCACUGAUCUGAAGGUCCACCAUAAACGAAUUCCUUGUGGAAAAGAAGAAGUUAGCCUUUUCCUGACAGCCGUAGAAAACUCUUGGAUUCAUUUAAGGCGGAAGAGAAGAGAGCGAGUGAGACAACUAAGAGAGGUGCCCCGAGCUCCUGAGGAUGUUCUCUUAGCCUUGGAGGAGAGAAAGUCUACUCCCAAAGAGCUGAGUGGUAGCCAGGACAUGGCCCCAUGCUCCCAGGAGAGUGCCUUGUGUGGCCUUGCUGUACCCGAAGGCGAAUCUGCCACUGUCGGUGGCCAUUGCCUCAGCCAGGAGUCACUUUGCCAGGAGGAAACUCCAGAACCCAUGGAGGAUGAAAGGAGUGAGGAAAGGGGAGGGAUGGGGGUCAUGGAAAGUUGUAAAGGCUCCAGCAAUGGAGCCCAGGACGGAGAGGCUUCUGAGAAGGGAGACCGCCUGGACGAAGCAGCUGGACGUUACCUGUUUAAGUGCCUAAUCAACAUUAAGAAGGAAGUAGAUGGCGCCUUAGUUGAAAUGCAUUGGGUUGAGGGCCAGAACAGGGAUUUGAUGAACCAGCUUUGUACCUACAUACGUAACCAAAUUUUGAGGCUUGUUGCUAGUUAAUUCUUUAUUUCUUCUACAGUUAGAAAAGUGUCUGUAUAGGGCUAAGGAUGUGGUGCAAUGACUGUAUGUGCUUAAUAUUCAGAAGGCAGCCUGGGUUGAGUCCCUAACAUCUUAACAUCAAUACAAAAAAAAAAAAAAAAAAAAAAAUCUAUAAAAUAGCUUUGGAGGUAAAGCUCAUUGGGAAGCCAGAGGAAUUUCAGCAUUGGUCCAUUAGUGACACCAUGUGGAAUCAUGUUACAAAGCAGAAAUGCAGUUGAAUGUGGUCUCUUAACACUUACAAUCCCAAUACUUGAAGGCUGAGGUAGGAUGAUUGCUGUGAGUUUAUGGUCAGCCUACGCUACAGAGAAAGACACUUGUCUAAAUAAAAAGAAGAAAAAAGAAAA